AUGAUACUAGCACAUUUUUUUUUGUUUUUGUUCCUUCCAGCAAUAAAAAUUGGAAACGCCAUAAGACUUACCUUAUUUACGUCCUAUAUACAUUCUCCUAAUAAAUUUAUAAAUAACAAUAAAAGAUUAAAUUACGAUAAAUUCAAUAGAAAAUUUGUUACCAGACUAGGACUUGUUGACGAGUCAAUUAAAAACAAUGAACAUAUAAUUAAACUGACGGACAACGCCAAAAACAAAAUUGAACAACUAGUAAAAGAAAAGGAAGGAAAAGAAAACUUAAUAUUAAAGCUUUCAGUAAAAAAUGGAGGUUGUAAGGGCUUGCAGUACAAACUAAAUCCCAUCAAGAAGGACGAAAUUGAAGCCGAUGACUACAUACAACAGUUCGAAGAUUUACACUUCAUUUUAUCAAUAGAAGCUACAAGCGUUAUUUAUAUUUACAACAAUAUAUUAGAUUACAGUAAUGAUUUAAUAAACGGCGGAUUUAAGUUUAUAAACCCAAAUGCAACCAAAAAAUGUGGAUGUGGAAAAUCCUUUAAUGUGUAA